AUUUAGAGCAAUCGAGGGAGACUGUGACAGUGAAAGCUGAUGUGUGCAGUACAUGAAGACUUUGAGAUUGUAGGUGUUGAACCGCGAGCGGGGUAGUUGGGGUGUGAUCGAUUUCGCAGCUUGCUCGUCAAGCAUUAAUCUAAUUGUGUUGCUUGGAGUGGAAGUGAGGGCUGUGGGUUUGACUGAGCACUGCGUUGCGGGGAAUUCAAAAAUGGCGAGAGAUGGAGAGCCAUGAACUUAUCCUCGGACCGUCAUUUUGCCUAGUUACGAGCUGAUUCUAGACGACGACGACGGUGAGGUCGAAGAGUGUGUACAGGGGGCUUUUGAAGCAGAAGCCAUGGGUACCAUCGGCCGACUAAGGAAAAUCUAUGGAGGCACUUUCAUGUCCUUGGUGUCAUUAUGCUACUUCUUGCAGUCCUUCAGAAGUUUCCCUUGGAUGGCCAUGACUUACUGGUACAAGGACAAUUUGAAGGUUGACCCUGGCACAAUGCAAUUUUUAAUGUCAACGACUAUGCUUCCCAUGGUUGCCAAGCCCGUCUACGGCAUUAUUUCCGACUCUGUGUACAUUAAAGGCGCGCAUCGUCUUCCGUAUCUCAUUCUUGCAGGGGGGCUUCAAUUGUUUGCUUGGACCAUAAUAGCCACGUUCUCGGGGGUGUCGUCAACGGCUAGCAUGUUGACAGCAUUCCUCACUAUCACAAACUUAGGUGGUGCCAUAUCGGAGGUUGUGCAAGAUGCCAUGGUUGCCGAAGCUGGGAAGAACAAAGCGGGUGCCCAGCAAGGUGAGCUGCAGUCCUUUGUCUGGCUAGCAAUGGCAUUCGGUGGAGUGGUGGGGAACUUGACCGCCGGGUAUGCUAUGAAGAUGCUCACCCCGAAAGCCAUGGUACAGAUCUUCAUAUCUCUUCUCACAAUUCAGGUGUUUUUGACCUUCUCUGUAAGUGAGCACUCAUUUGGCUUACGACCUGCGGAGAAGGGCACCGAUGACAAUCCAAAGCUCAAACAAUCCCCAGCACAGAAGGACGUUUCCUCAGCAAUGUGGGAACAGCUCACAAAGCUGAAAGCCGCCCUCCAGAAGCCCGCACUCCACAGGCCCCUCCUGUGGUUCCUCUCAUCGUUCGGUUUCAUACCAGGCCUCGGAAGCUCAAUGUUCUUCUUCCACACGGAGCACUUGGGUUUGAAUGCUUCCGUGCUGGGGCUUGCCAGGCUGGUGGGUCAAGUUGGCUUGAUCUUCGGCAGCAUGCUCUACAACAAGGCUCUCAAGGGUGUGCCUGUUCGGCGGCUGUUUACCAUUGUCCAGAUCCUCCUCUCACUUUGCAUGCUCACCGACAUAGUCAUUGUGAAGCGUAUCAACCUGGAGCUCGGUGUUCCUGACAAGUGGUUUGUGCUUGGAGCUUCAGCGUUUGUGGAAGCUAUAGGACAGUUCAAGAGCCUGCCAUUCAUGGUGCUGUUGGCCCAGCUGUGUCCGUCCGGCAGUGAAGCCUCUGUGUUCGCCUUCUUCACGGCAGCAUCAUGUCUGGCAGGCCUCUUAAAUGGUUAUCUCGGUGUUGCAUUGUCGACAUACCUCAACAUAUCUGGGACGGAUUUCUCCGGGUUGCCUUUGGGUAUCUUCAUCAGUGCCUCCUGUGCCUUGCUGCCUAUUCUCUGGAUCGGAUUGAUACCUGCCACAACCGAAUCGUCCAAGGAGACUCAAACGAGCGCAGUUGAGGAGCCGAAGAAAGAGCUUUAAGCGCUGGAGUGCCUAUACUUCUACUGCGUGGAUAGAUAUCUAUUUGUGCUACGCCCAUUAGUGCAGCAAAGGUAUCCACAAAGCCAAAAAUCAUAGGAUCCUGUAAGGUCCCCAUUCUUAGAAUUUUAUAAAUUUAGGAAGUUACCUAUAGCGACAUCGGAAUGGCUGCACUGGUGUAAUCUUUUCUUUUAAGUAGAUUUUAUUUAUUUAUUUAUUUAUUUUUGAUCACACAUCAAUUCGGUUUUAUGGUAGCUAUGUAGAUAGAGUUCUGACUACUUCCUGUUGAUAAUUGACAAGGCGGGCACGAUAUCUUUGUGAAGUAAGCCUUAUCGUCAAGGUUGAAGAUUGUGUAGAUAGCUGCAGGUUUAGUGUAGGUAUUGUAUUAAUUUGGAGGGGUUCAAUCCACAGAUUAUUGUUAUGUGAUUAUAUAAAGUUUGUAUAAUUCUCUCUCA